AGACGGAGACGAGAAAUGGAGCAGAAUCAGCUGGACCGAGAAACCUUCUCCUGUUCGAUCUGUCUGGAUCUACUGAAGGAUCCAGUGACUAUUCCCUGUGGACACAGUUACUGUAUGAACUGUAUUAAAACACACUGGAAUCAAGAGGAUCAGAAAGGAAUCCACAGCUGUCCUCAGUGCAGGGAGAUCUUUACAGCAAGGCCCCGUAUGAAGAAGAACACCAUGUUAGCAGCUUUAGUGGAGCAGCUGAAGAAGACUGGACUCCAACCUUCUCCUGCUGAUCACUGCUAUGCUGGACCUGAAGAUGUGGCCUGUGAUUUCUGCACUGGAAGAAAACUGAAAGCCAUCAAGUCCUGUUUAUUCUGUCUGGCCUCUUACUGUGAGAAACACCUUCAGCCUCAUUAUGAUUCAGCUCCAUUUAAGAAACACAAGCUGGUGGAGCCCUCCAAGAACCUCCAUGAGAACAUCUGCUCUCGUCAUGAUGAGGUGAUGAAGAUGUUCUGUCGUACUGAUCAGAAGUGUAUCUGUUAUCUCUGCUCUGUGGAUGAACAUAAAGGCCACGACACAGUCUCAGCUGCAGCAGAAAGGACUGAGAGGCAGAGAGAGCUGGAGGUGAGACGAGAAGAAAUCCAGCAGAGAAUCCAGGACAGAGAGAAAGAUGUGAAGCUGCUUCAACAGGAGGUGGAGGCCAUCAAUCACUCUGCUGAUAAAACAGUGGAGGACAGUGAGAAGAUCUUCACUGAGCUGAUCCGUCUCAUCCAGAAAAGAAGCUCUGAUGUGAAGCAGCAGAUCAGAUCCCAGCAGGAAACUGAAGUGAGUCGAGUCAAAGAGCUUCAGGAGAAGCUGGAGCAGGAGAUCACUGAGCUGAAGAGGAAAGAUGCUGAGCUGAAGCAGCUCUCAAACACAGAGGAUCACAACCAGUUUCUCCACAACUACCCCUCACUGUCAGCACUCAGUGAGUCUACACACUCAUCCAGCAUCAAUAUCCGUCCUCUGAGAUACUUUGAGGAUGUGACAGCAGCUGUGUCAGAGCUCAGAGAUAAACUACAGGACAUCCUGAGAGACACAUGGACAAACAUCUCACUGACCCUCACUGAGGUGGAGGUUUUACUACCAGAACCAGAACCAAAGAGCAGAGCUGGAUUCUUAAAAUAUUCAUGUGAAAUCACACUGGAUCCAAACACAGCAAACAGACGACUGUUACUAUCAGAGGAGAACAGGAAGGUGACAUGGAUGGAUCAACAUCAGUCUUAUUCUAGUCAUCCAGACAGAUUCACUGCUAGGCCUCAGGUUCUGAGUAGAGAGAGUCUGACUGGACGUUGUUACUGGGAGGUGGAGAGGAGAGGAAUAGUUUUUGUAGCAGUCGCAUACAAGAACAUCAGCAGAACAGGAAGUUGGAUUGAAUGUGGAUUUGGAAAUAAUGACAAAUCCUGGGCAUUAUAUUGUUACCAAGAAGAUCAUGAAUUUGGUCACAACAAGAUCUGGACCUCCAUCUCAGGUCCUGGUUCCUCCAGAGUAGGAGUGUACCUGGAUCACAGAGCAGGUCUUCUGUCCUUCUACAGCGUCUCUGAAACCAUGACUCUCCUCCACAGAGUCCAGACCACAUUCACUCAGCCGCUACAUGCUGGACUUUGGGUUAACUGGUUUGGAUCUUCUGCAGAGUUGUGUAAACACAAAUAAAUGUUCUGUCUUGUUUCUGAUUGUUGAUCAGGGUUCAUGGUUCUGAUGUCUCUGCUCUGCUGUUCUGUUCUUCUUCAUUGUUCUUGUUUAAAUGUAGUUCUCUGUGUCUGUGUUCCAGGAACCAGAAAGGAUUUCACUGCUGAUGUUUUCUUUCAUUCUUAUUUGACACAGAAAUAUUUCUCCACAUGAAAAUCUAAACUUCUCUGGGCUCUAAUGGUUCUGGUUUCAUAUUUGUAUUGAUGUAUUUGGAUCUUCUGGUUUCCCUUCCACUGUUCUGCAGAGAGAUUACAGAAAGAAAGCAUUUAUUAGGAACUGAUAGUUAUUUUUAUCCAUAGAUAUUUGUAUCUGUAAAUUGUUGGAGCAGAAAUAUUUCAUAAAUUAACUACACUGCAAAACAUUCACAAAUUGCUAUGUGAUCUUUUAUUUUCUUUCUUCUUUUUUCCAAAUUUCUUUCGAAAAAUGGUGUUGUGCACACCAAUAUUAAUGCAUGUAUAAUAUAUGUAUGUAUAUGUUUUAUGAUCUUAAGACGUGGGCAAACCACCCAGAAAAACCACUUCUCCUUCUUCCUCUUGAACAAAAUGUUUUCAGUCUUUAAUCAAGCAGAAUGUUAAUGUCAUUUCAGGGGUGUACUUACUUUAUCAGGUGGCAGCAAUGGUUCUAGCAUGCUAAAUAUUUCAGUAGCACAAAGACACAUUUAGUAGACACACUCAGGUGAUGGAUUGCCUGAUUCAUUAAAUCAUUUACUUCUGUAAAAGAAGUCAGGCUAAUUUUGCGUUCCUGUAUAAUAAAUAAAUUGUAAACUUUUACUUUGAUUUAACUAAUGUUCCUCUUUUUGUUGUAUUUACUCUGGACCUUUUCUGUUCCAUUUUGGUUCAACAAUUCAUAAAAGCUUACUAUUAUAUCUUCUAUUAUCAUCUUUUUUCUAUCACAGAACCAAAUCUUUAACACUUUUAGAGCACCCUCAUAUUCAGGAGUGUUGCAUUGUGGCGUCAGCAAUAGAUUAAUUGUAUUUCAAAUAAUUUCAAUAAAGAAAGUGGAUUCCA